GUGCGCUUCGCCUUCCGAGGCUCGAGUUCUCGGCGCGGCCACAGCCGCAGAAACCACGCCUCGGCCGUCGAAGCCCCACGUAGCUUCCAUCCAAGCUUGACGUCACCGUCAUGGCCGCGCGCGCGCCGCUCGCCGUGCCGGUGCCGGUGCCGCAGGUGGCCACCAGCACCAGCAGCCCGCGACCGUCUGCGACGCCCCUCGCGGCGUCGGGCCUCCUCGGCGCGAGGGGACCUUGCGGCGGCUCCCUACUCUACCGGCGGCAGCCGAAGCGUCGCCUCCGCUUUCCUGUUGCGGUGGCGGCCGCCAAGCCCGACGCCGUCGAGGGUGCCGCGGAGGCAGCCGCAUCGCCGGUGGAUGGGCUCGCGAAGUCUCUCCGGGGGGUGGAGGUGUUCGAUCUGAGCGGAAAGGCGGUGCCCAUAGUUGAUCUGUGGAAGGACAGGAAGGCCGUCGUUGCUUUCGCCCGCCAUUUCGGGUGUGUACUGUGCCGGAAGAGGGCCGACCUUCUUGCGGCUAAACAGGAUGCAAUGGAGGCUGCAGGGGUUGCUCUUGUUUUAAUUGGACCAGGUACUGUUGAACAGGCAAAGGCAUUUUAUAAUCAAACCAAAUUCAAAGGAGAAGUAUACGCUGAUCCAAGUCACUCGUCAUAUAAUGCCCUUGAAUUUGCAUUUGGAUUGUUCUCCACAUUUACUCCAUCGGCCGGUCUGAAAAUUGUACAGUUAUACAUGGAAGGAUACAGGCAGGAUUGGGAACUGUCAUUCCAAAAGACUACCAGAACGAAAGGUGGAUGGUAUCAAGGGGGACUACUUGUUGCAGGACCAGGCAUCGACAAUAUUUCAUAUAUUCACAAGGACAAAGAAGCAGGAGAUGACCCUGAUAUGAAGGAUUUGAGCCGCGUCCCGCCGCCGUCUCCGCCGCUCCCCAAAUCCCCUAGUUUUCCCCGCGCCCCCGCCUCCGAAUCCCUCGACAUGUCGGAGAAGAAGCGCCGCGCCGGGGCCGCGGCGGGCUCCUCCGCCUCCAAGAAGCCGCGGGUCUCCUCGGCCACGUCCUACGCCGAGUCGCUCCGCACGAAGCUCCGGCCCGACGCCUCCAUCCUCGCCACCCUCCGCUCCUUGGCGUCCGCCUGCUCCAAAUCCAAGCCCGCGGGGUCGUCGUCCUCAGCCUCGAAGGCCCUCGCCGAGGACGACCCGGCCGCCAGCUACAUCGUGGUGGCCGACCAGGACUCCGCCUCCGUCACAUCCCGCAUCAACCGCCUCGUCCUCGCCGCGGCGCGCAGCAUCCUGUCCGGCCGGGGGUUCUCCUUCGCGGUGCCCUCCCGCGCCUCCUCCAACCAGGUCUACCUCCCAGACCUCGACCGCAUCGUGCUCGUCCGCCGUGAGUCCGCUAGGCCCUUCGCCAACGUCGCCACCGCGCGGAAGGCCACCAUCACCGCGCGCGUCCUCUCCCUGGUCCACGCCGUCCUCCGCCGGGGGAUCCACGUCACCAAGCGUGAUCUCUUCUACACGGACGUCAAGCUCUUCGGCGACCAGGCGCAGUCCGACGCCGUCCUCGACGACGUCUCCUGCAUGCUCGGCUGCACCCGCUCCUCCCUCCAUGUCGUCGCGUCCGAGAAGGGUGUCGUCGUCGGGCGCCUCACCUUCGCCGACGACGGCGACCGGAUCGACUGCACGCGCAUGGGCGUCGGCGGUAAGGCCAUCCCGCCCAACAUCGACAGGGUGUCAGGCAUCGAGAGCGACGCUCUCUUCAUCUUGCUGGUGGAGAAGGACGCCGCAUUCAUGCGGCUCGCCGAGGACCGGUUCUAUAACCGCUUCCCGUGCAUCAUCUUGACGGCGAAGGGGCAGCCUGAUGUCGCCACACGGUUGUUCUUGCGGCGGCUUAAGGUGGAGCUGAAGCUGCCGGUGCUGGCACUGGUGGACUCCGACCCAUAUGGCCUGAAGAUCUUGUCAGUGUAUAUGUGCGGUUCCAAGAACAUGUCAUAUGACAGUGCCAACCUUACGACGCCGGAUAUCAAGUGGCUCGGAGUGCGGCCAAGUGAUCUGGACAAGUAUCGGGUGCCGGAGCAGUGCCGGCUUCCGAUGACUGAUCACGACAUCAAGGUGGGAAAGGAGCUGCUUGAAGAGGACUUUGUAAAGCAAAAUGAAGGAUGGGUGAAGGAGUUGGAGACGAUGCUGCGGACGAGGCAAAAGGCUGAGAUACAGGCUCUCAGUUCAUUUGGGUUCCAAUACCUCACUGAAGUCUAUUUACCUCUCAAGCUGCAGCAGCAGGACUGGAUUUGAGAACUCAUUUGAGCAUAUGGAUGGAUGGAUAGGUGAAUUUUCUUGCAUUUAUCUGACUAUUUCUGUAUGCAUUAGAUUUAUUUGAUUUAAAUUAAUGUACCUUUUAGGAUCGGUAAUCAGUAUUCAGUGCACCUUAGUUUAACUCUGCAGUCUGCAUACAUAACGGAACAACCUCUCCCAUGACUCGAAGUUGAAACGCAGCUCCAAGGUGUUGGGUCAAAAUGCAUGCCAAAUCGCAGUUUAUGGUAGUUUUUGGGAUGAUCCUUGAUAGCAAGAUCAAUUGUCUUGUUGUACCAUCGGAUUUACAAAUUUCCUUGUGUCACUAUAAAUUUGAACAAAAGCUGCUGUGUGUAUUCACUAAUGUUCAACAUGGAAACGAUUGCUGAACAACAUGUAUCCAAAGCGAAGUAUAAUGACAGGAAAUUUGAAUGUUGGAACUUGAAAC